AUGAAGUUCAUGCUGCAGGCUCUAUUAGACCGGUUUGCUAAACAGGUUAAGCAGGCCUUGCCAUUCAGUUUGGAUCCAUUGCCCAGAGACCUGGCAUCACUGCUUGACUGCAGCUUUGUUGACCAGAUUUUCAGCUGCGUGAAGUCAAAACAUGCACGACAGCAGUUUGCGAAAAAUGCAUUUCCCUUCGCAAGUUCAGAAGAAAUGGCACUUGGAGAUGACGGGGACACUUUUCAAUAUGUGUCGAUCGGAAAAGUGUUGAGCAAUCUGCUCCAGUUGAAGACGAAACCGGGACUCUUCAUUGAUGCACAUAACCCCAACUUGACGGACGCAGGAUACAAGUGUUACAGAGACUUCAGGGAUGGAACCGUGUACGAGGGGUUACAAGAUGUUGUCACAGACGCGUCCGUAAUGACACUCUUUCUGAUAUUGUAUUCAGACGAGGUCGAAAUAGCCAAUCCUUUAGGUGCGAAACGUGGAGUCCACAAGUUCACAACAGUGUACUUCACAUUGUUGAAUAUGCACCCACGCUACAGGUCCAAGUUGGGAUCCGUCUACCUGGUAGUUCUGGAAAAGUUCAAAGACGUAGUAGAGCACGGGCUUUCUGCCAUCUUGAAACCAGUCCUCGAUGAGUUGGAGGAGCUCGGCUGCCAAGGCCUUACUGUCACGGUAGAUGGCGUCCCAGAAACCAUGAAGGUUCUUGUGGUGGCAGUCUGUGGUGACAACUUGUCCCAGCACAAGCUGGGAGGGUUUUCGGCAAGCUUCUCUCAGGGGCAUGUAUGUCGGUACUGCAUGGCAACAGCUGCCAACCUUCAUACAGUGACAAAUGAAGAGCAGUGCCAGAUCAGGACAAGGGCUGACCACAGCAGUCAUCUAGCCGCAGCCGAAGCAAACCCGCAAGAAGGUCGCAAGCUGCAUGGCGUUGUGGGCCCAUCUCCAAUGGCACAAUUGGCUUAUUUUGACGUCACUACACAAAUGGCCCCUGACAUGAUGCACGACCUCUUUGAGGGUGCAUUUGCUCACAUCAUAAGGCACGUCACCAAAGGUCUGAUUGACGAAGGAGCACUGACCCUGGAGGAUCUUAAGAGGGUAGAAACCUUUCCCUAUGGGUACAAUGACAGGAAAAACCGUCCGGAAUCACUGACAGCAGCAUUCCUUCAAGGGGGCGCAAGCCUUAAAGGCACAGCGGCCCAAAAAUGGUGCCUGUUCAGGCUGUUUCCGCUAAUAUUCGGUACAUCUGUCGAUGAAGAAAACAAGCACUGGAGUGUGCUCGUCCAGCUGCACAACAUUGUCACUCUCGUGCUGUCUGAACAGAUUACUGAGGACUGGGUCGCGUACCUUGAAGUCCUAGUGAAAGACUUUGUUGAAGCAUUCACGGCACUGUAUCCUACAGCUAAAGUCCUCCCAAAGUUGCACUACAUGGUGCACUACGCAAGACUGACUGCGGCCCUUGGACCACUGCGCCAGUACUGGUGCCUUCGUUUCGAGGCGAAGCACCAGUACUUUAAGUCCAUGGCUUCAAAAGUAAAAAAAUUCAUAAACAUUUGCAAAACCCUUGCGACUCGGCACCAACUCCUGCAGAGCUACGAAAUGAACUCUCUCAAGUUCCCUCUAUGCCCGAGAAUGAUGUGUGCCCGAGCUGUUGACAAAGCUAGCUUGCCAUCUGCUGCCCAAAGCUUAGAGUGCAAAGCGGAUCUCUUGGAAGCAAAAAGCGUGUUUCUAGACGCCGGAGACUACAGGGUAGACGACAUUCUGGUGGUGGGUACCGGAGAAGUCCCCCAGUUUGCACAGGUACGGAACAUUUAUGUCUCAAAGAAUGAUGCUUUCCUACUGCUUGAGAGACUUGCUACAAACUGUUUUCACCAACACAUCUGUGCCAAUGAAGUGACCAAAACAGGGGUGCUUCAACUCUCGAAAUGUGGUCAUGAACUGGAGGCCUCACAUCAGCACUUGGACCUGUACAAUGGUGGACACGUGUGUCUUCGUUAUGACGUAUUAUUUUAA